GCCCGGGGACCGAGGUGGGAGCUCCUGGGGAGAACGGGAUGAGCAGAGCCGGCCGAAAGGAGCAUUUCCCACCAUGAAUGGGCUCCUAAACUGCUCUGCCAACCACACCAAGAUCUGGAGUCACUACUUGGUGCUGGCCCUGGGCAUCCCCCAGCUGACCAUCAACGUCCUGUCCAUCAUCUUCAACUGCACCGUCAUCUUCACCCGCCUGGCCACCAGGGACCUGCACAAGCCCAUCUCCAUCCUCUUCUGCAACCUGGCUGUCUCCGACCUCUUCACCAGCUUCUCCGGCUUCUGGAUUUCCAUGCUGUUCAUCACCAACCCCGACAUCACCAUCUUCGGCUCCCAGGACAUGCUGGCUCCCUACUCCCUGUACACCACGUCCAUCCUGUCCACCAUCUACAACCUGGUGAGCAUCGCCAUCGAGCGCUACCUGGCCGUGGCCGAGAGCAUGAGGACGAGGUUCAGGGUGGCCAGGAACCACUCCAUCGCCGUGGUCUUCAUCAACUGGGUCCUGGCUUUCUUCCUGGGCUGCCUGCCCCUGAUGGGCUGGAACUGCCUGCACGCCGAGAGCAACGUCUCGGUGCUCUACAGCCCCUUCUGCGUCAACUACCUCGUCUUCAUCGCCAUGCCCAACGUGGCCGUGGCCUUCCUCGUGCCCCUCUUCACCUACCUGAGGAUCAUCAUCAUCCUGAGGAAGAGGAAGCUGAGGAUGCAGGCGUGCGGCCAAGCCACGGGCACCUACAAGUCGGCGGAGACGCAGGUGGCCAGGACCAGCAUCUCCAUCUGGCUGCUGGCCCUGGUGUCCUACGCGCCGUUCCUGGCCGGCGUCGUCUUCGACGCGGCCAACCGGCGCUGCCACGGCGAGCUGUACCCCGGGGCGUACAUCUUCAGGAACUGCACGGCCGUGCUGAUCACCAUCACCUGCCUGGGCAACCCGCUGCUCUACACGCUGCGCCUCCGGGCGCUGGGGGCCCGGCUGAAGGCGCUGCGCGGCCUCUGGGCCUGCCGCGCGCGGGCCUGCGCCGGCGGCCACGUCUGAGGGGCCCGGCCGCCGCCCCGGGGUGGCUUCGCCGUGCUUGUGUCCCCGGCUGUGUGCCCCGCUCGGGCUGGGUGCUCUGCUCGUGCCUUCGGGGCUGGUUCUGGGAGAGGAGGCAGGGAGGGGAAGCAGCAGGGGUUUGCCAUCAGCCGGCGCUCCUCUGGAAGCGACGCUCCUCCACGCUCUGCGCCGGGCUGGGCUGUCCGGGACGGAGCAGAACACGGUGCUCCUUUGCUUUUUAGUUAGUUCAGCUAGCUGAGGCAGAGUUUUCCCUGGACUGGUUUUUUUUUUCUUUCCUUUUUGUUGGAACCUGCUGCAGACUGGGGAGCACGGAGAGCUGUCACUCUGUGGCCAGGGGGCUCUGCUCUGGGCAGCAGCCAUUCCCGGUGCCCAGGGGCUGAGGACAGAGCCACCCCACAGGAGAGGCUUUCUGAAUCUGUCAUCCCUUCAGAGCGGCCGGUGACUUUUGUCACCUGGUAUUGUUCAUUUCGUGAGCAGGGGAGGGCUGUGCCUGUUAAAUAAACAGGUUUGUUCCACUUCUCUCCGAGGAAUCCUUCCCGAGCCACCCGUGGGGAGCGGCUGUGUGGCUUUGCUUUCUGGAGGGCCCUGUUGGAGUUUUCCCCCAAAUUUGCCCUAAAGCAGGACACCAGCACUGAGCAGACACUGCGGGCCCCCA